UCUCUUUCUUUUUUAUACUCUUGCUCCCUUGAGGGAAACAUUAACCCCGUCGUCGUUAGUUUACAAUUCACAAUCAACUAGAUCAUUCCUUUAUUUAUUUAUUCCGUGAACAAAUCAACAACCAAUUGAUAUUUAUUUAUUCUUGCUUCUGUCAAUUGACAUCAGACUUCAGUCUUCCUCUUCUGUGUCUUACAGUUGUUUUGUGUUGCUCAAUCAAAAACAAUAAUCAACAAGUGUCCAUCCACCUAUCUUGCUCUCCUCUCUUUACCUUUACCUCUCAUUGGCGAACAUUUCUUGCCUACUCAACGAUCAACUUAUAAACAGCUUUACUUCGAAAAAUUGAUUGAUGUCAACCAAACUGCUGAAAAUCGAUAAAAUUCAAAAAGUGCUCUUAUUUCAAGCGUCUAAAUUAAUCUGGUUACUUUAUUUUGGACCAACAACAUAGUUGAUUGUAAUCGUUUUAAUACAAAGUCAACUUUGUUGCUUUUAUAAGCAACAAAAAAAGCUUGGUUCAUAAUCAUCGGUCUUAUUUCUUUCUAUACGUUUCUUUCUGUAGCUGUUUCUUUAUCUAUUCAACAUUUAACAUUCGUAAUUAUUUUAUCUUCACGGUGUAUCAGAUGUGGUUACUCAUCAAAGUUCAAUAAUUUAAUCUAUGUACAUAAUAACGUCUCUCGUUCUGAACAAGUUCAAGUUUAUUUUCACUUGACUACACCUUGUAGUAAUAUAAACGACUAUCUUGUUAAUACACACCAUUUAUCUAUUGGACGAUCAUUUUGAUAUACAAAAGCCUCAUUACAGCCUAAGCUUGUGACAAUAUCACCAGUGCAACUUCCAUCUAUUACCAACAACACUAAUUUAAUUUGCUUUGACAGGCUGUGAUUGUUAAAUUAAAAUAAACUUAAAUGCCGACUAUGACAAAUAAAGGACCAGAAAUGGUUAUGAAAAAUUUUAAGACAGAAGAAGAUGAUCGUUGUCGAUCAUUAGUUUGUGAUCCCAGUGGAAUAAUUGUUGCCGAAAUGGUUUAUCGAUGUAUGAUUUGCUUUUACAUAACCGAUACAAUGGUUGAGGCUAAACAGCAUUAUACAUCAAAACAUAUGGAUGACGAUGAUGACAAAGAUAUUGAUAGGAAUAGAGAAUCAUUCCUGGAAUCAACGGACAACAAUAACAACAAUAAUGUAACAAGUGGCCUAAACUAUAUUAACCACAAUCACAUUCUCAACAAUAACCAUAGCAAUGGCAACAGCAGCAACAAUAUCAACAGACACAAUCAUCUAAAUUCGCUGAUGCCACAGUUGAAUGGGCCUUAUUAUAAAAACUAUUCUGGAGAUGAAGGCCUUUCACCAGACGAUGGGGACAACUACGAUCCUUAUUCACCAUUGGUAACAAUGACAGAAGAUGUUUUUUCUGUAGAUUUGCGAAGACAACAUCUGAUUGAAGAGUUUCGACCAAUUCGAGCUAAACCAGGAACUAAAGGAUCAGGUGCUAUAAAUGGAGCCCAAGCAUUAACAGCUGAAGCGCUAGCAGAUCUCAAUUUAGGAUCAGCAUCAACAGGACCUUCACCUGAGGGAUCAGCAGGAUCCAGUAGUGGAGAAAUUCCAACACUUUCAAUUGCUUACAACACAAAUGGAGAUGGUUCUUUAGAUUUAUCUACAUCUCUCCUUAAUAAAAAUGGUACAGGUCGUGCUAAAAACGAAAAGCCAGCGGCCAAAGUAAAGAUUACUCCUGGUAAAAAAGUUUGGUCCUGCGGUAAAUGUGCAACCUGUAUGGCCGAAGAUUGUGGUAAAUGCAUUUAUUGUCUGGAUAGACCUAAAUUCGGGGGACCAUUCAUCAAGAAGCAAAGGUGUAUUAAGCGUCGUUGUUUAAAUAAAGUAAAAAAUAAGGCUGCAAAUGGUAACGCUGCCUAAAAGCAAACCAAUUUUUCUCUUAGAGUCAAGAAAUUUUUUUGCUGAUACAAUGAUGUUGUGUAAAUAUUACAUUAUCAUCAAUAUUUAUAUAACUUUAUCUCAGGCCUUAAUAUUUUUGGACUUGAUGCAAUGGAGAUUAAUUCUCUAAAACUUAAAUAUAUUUUUUUAUAUAUACAUAUAUUUGCUAACUGUUUGCUAUAAAUCUAACUACGCCUUACUAGCAAUGCAGCUAUAGAAACCGUGUCUUAAUAUCAACUUGUGUGAAAGUAUAUUUAAAGACAUAUUUUGUAAUAUUGGUUACAGCCACUUUGUACUAUAAAAUCAAAUGAUUUGAUCAAUCCACCGACCCAACUUGUCAUGUAAUAUUUGUCCGCCUUACCUGUUUAGGGUAUAUCUUUCCCAGAAAGAUAUAUUGAAUUAUUCAGAUAAAGCUAUGAUUCAUUAACCUGAUAUAUUGGAUUAUAAUAUCAUGAUUUAUAUAAUAUUUUAAAUUUAUUAUCAUUUUGACUUAGAACGAACCCAUUUGAACCUUGUAAAUAACCUUCAAACCAAUAAUCUUUUGACACUCCAACAGAAGCAAGUGACGAAGCAAUCCACCUAAUCGCAUCGACAUUCAACUUGAAAAUUCAUCAUCAUCAUCAUCAUUUUAUGAUCUUUAUAAAUAUUUUGUUCAUUCACCACCCUUUUGUAACUUUUUGAUAAUUAUUAUCACCAAUGCAAUCAUUUUUUUGUCUUUAUUUAAGUUUUUAUGUAUCUUUUACUGUAAAACAUUAUUUCCAUGCAUUUUAUUCCCUGUAUUUUACAUUCUUAUCCAAAUAAACUGUAUCCACUAAAA